UAGAAUCGAAAGUGAUAUGCUUCUGUGUUCUCUCUUCUCUCCCGUUCCGUUCACGAUAAGUGCGAGAGUAUUCCCAGUGGGAAUCCCCAUUCAUUAAGUCAGAGCCGCAAUUGGCUAUCGGUUUUACUAAAAGACGCGCAGCGAAUGUACUCAAAAACCAGUUCUCGCUCUCGCGCGAACCACAUCAGUUAUCUUGGGAUUUUUGUCGUGUUUCCCGGUGCUUAUUUUUCGGCUCCUUUCCCGGAACGAUAAAUAUGUGACGGCAGCAUUUUUAAUUAAUAAUUAUUUACUACAUCCAAUCAUUCGACGUGGUACGUGCUCUGAUGGCUCCAACGCAGACCGAUCAAGCGCCAACCGAGGCAACAUGUCUGAAAAUCGAAGAAAGCCGUCGUUCGAUGCGUUUGGAAAGACGGAAUCUACAAAAAUCUAUCUUUGAAGAGCUACGAAAUAUUAUCGACGACCCGUCAGGGGAAGAGAGUUUACCGAAACUCCAAGCUCUGUUGGACGAUCCAAGGAUUAAUACUCUACAGGAAUUGAUUGAAGAGCAGAAGACCUGGGACGCACUCACCACUAUUCCGGAACCGAAAACUUUUCUCUACAAUGCGAACCUGCAACCUUUAUUUGCCAAAAUGUUGGAGAAUAACAUCAAGUAUCAAUCAUUCCUGGAAGUUUUCAUACCCCGAUUUGAUGCCGUAAAUGAAAAAAUUGCUCAAGACCUUAAUACUCCACUGCAUUACGCCGUCGAAGCUCGAAACGUUAACUUUAUAGAAUGGCUAUUGUCGCAAGGGAAUCUAGCGGUAAACUGUCGCAAUAAACAGCGCAAAACACCCCUGUUUCUGCUGUGCGAACAAUACGAUAUCCUUGUGAACAGUCCGAAAUUCAAGAAACGAGUAUUGAACGUGGCCACGGCUUCCACCAAUUCCGAGGAUAUCUGUCGGUGUAUCUGGAUACUUCUGGAACAUGGAGCAGACUUCAACAUCUGCAGCGAUCGAUUACAGCUUCCAUUCGAGUUUUUGAUACGUAACAAGUCGAAGGAAAACAAAGAGUUCGUUAAGGAAUGUCUGAAGCGAAGCAAUAGUGCCAUUGCGGUUGGUAAAACCAACGAGCUGAAGAGACGAGUUGUGGGUUUCCAUCACGACUGGUUACCUGUCAGAGUUACCACCGAUCUGCUAGAGUUAUACCUGAGAUUUGAUCAGGAGGAAAAAUUCUCUGAGGAAUUCGACCAGUUCAAUGUAAAUCCGGAUAAUGUUUCAGAAGUUAUCCGGUUGUUGUUACAUACGGCUGUUGAACUUGACUUGGAAUCUAGUGUAAGAAAAAUAUUAGACCGAGCGAGUAAAAUCAUUUUCCAGAUUGAAAAAACUCAAAGUAAUCGGAAAGACACGGAUGAUAAAUCCCCGGUGCUAAAAUACCGAUUAGAGUUAAAAGGGCUUCUGAAAAAGGCCUGUGAAGCCGGGAACGUUACAACGUUGAGUCUGUUAGUGGCCCAAAUAACCGAUCGUGUGUUAAUCAAUGAUGAUCCCAUUCUGGUCAUCACUCUAAAUCGGGCCCAUGAACUUUACAAUCGAGAGGAAGAGCGAGCUAGAGUUCUGCAGUGUGCCGAUUUGCUAUCGAGAGAUCAGAAAAUUCACCUUUCCCGCACGGACAACAAUGGGAACACUGCCUUACAUAGUGCGUUGAAGUUUGGGUUUUCCGAUAUUGCACUUGAGCUGCUGCAGCAGAAAUAUGCUUUCCUGGGUGUUCGGAAUAAGGACGGUGUAACCCCGUUGGACUACGCCCGGUAUGAGUUUUGGAAGAUGUACUUCGAUCAGUGUAUAUCGAUUGACAGGAAGCGAUCAUACUUCGAUAGGAACGAGAUUAGGUUUAAUCUAAAUGGAUUUGAUCCGUACAUUUUCAAGAAACAACCAGCAAAAAAGUCAACGCCCAAAGAUCGUAACGAGCAUGACCAGUGGCGGCUGGUAGAGAAAGCAUCGGCUUCCAAUGUAACUCCCAGGGCGAAUAAGUCACUGGUAACAGAAAUUGAUCCCGUUAAGAUAAUUGCCAAAUCGAAAGACUUGAAACGUCUGCUGCUCCAUCCUGUAGUCUACACAUUCAUUCUAGUCAAAUGGCUAAGGUUGACAAAAUGGAGCUACAUCAAUCUCAUCUGCACACUAACGACCGUCGUUUGUUUUGGUUGGCAUUCACUAGACGCCUGCGACGGUGGCGAUUUGUCACCGAUUCUUACCGUACUAUCCUUGAUGGGCGCCAUUUACAUGGUCUUUAGAGAAAUCAUACAAAUAUUGUUCCUUCGAUACCACUACUUUCUUUCGUUAGAAAAUUAUUUGGAUAUCGUCACCAUAAUCUGCAUGCUUUGGGUUCUGUUCAACGGAUGCAACUCGAUCCUGUCCUCGCUAACCAUCAUAGCCUUCGCAAUGCAACUAACCGUCAUCAUAGGCUCGCUUCCGUUCAACAGCCUGUCCACUUACAUGUACAUGUUUAAAACCGUCUCGGUCAACUUUCUGAAAAGUUUCCUACUCUUCAUACCUCUUCUAAGUGCAUUCGCCUUCGGAUUCUUCAUGUCCUACAACGAUCAAACAACGCAAACAUCAAUAGUGAUCACGGAGGAGAAUAACUCCUUCAACCAGUUCACCACCUUUACGAACGCUGCUCUCAAGACUCUAGUUAUGACGACUGGCGAGUUCGAAGCCGCAGCAGUGGACUUCAGUGGAGGAAAAAUCAUCCUGUUCGUAUUGUUCAUAUUUUUUGCCCCCAUCGUUAUCCUUAACCUUAUCAACGGCCUCGCAGUCAGUGAUAUCACCGCCAUCAAGGACGAAUCCGAACUGAUCAGUAUUGGCCGAAAGGUAUUUAUUUUGGAUCGAUACGAACGUGGUCUGCGAAGCAUUCCGUUUGAUGUUAUUCGACGGUUGUUUCCUAGUCCAUUUUUCGAGAAACAUUCCUACCUCAUAGCCGUGAAACCUAAAGAGUUCCGGAAAAUUCUGGUCCAGCACAUCAGCAAACCACCCGCUGUUCAGCAACAGAAGAGCAAACGUAAUACCAAGAUUACCAAACCCGAAUGGAUAGUUGUUCCGAAUAUACCGGGAGCUUGGUUCGUUCGAGGGUCAGAAGGAUUCUUUGUAAAUCUGAAACUACUAAAAUUUCCACUGUUCUUAACACUUGAAGACCACAUUAUGGACGAAGCGUGGCGAAUCGCUGAUCAGAACAUUAUCGUGAAAGAGUUUCUGGACAGCGGAAAACUUCAUAAUGCUCCCGUGCAAACUACCCUGGAAACGGAAAUGAAACUCGAAGAACUUCGAGUGGAAAUGGAAAAAAUGAAUCGCAUGUUGAACAAAUUGGUAAUGCAUCAAAAUUUACUUGGCAAGAAAUAUGCAGUCACAGCAAAAUGCAGUGGAAAACCUUCAACUAAGCAUGCGGUGCAAAAAGGAGCGCCCAAAAAGAAGUUAUUCCAUAAAAAGCAAACAGUUCAUGGUGCGAUUGCGUCGAGAGUGCAAGGAAAUUUCGAAACCAUUGGUGAUGUUGCAUGUGCCGUAGGAAAAUUUAAAAGAAAUAAAAGGAAAAAUAAAAAACCUUAAAACAUGUUUCCCUGAACGCCUGAAU